AUGGCGCGCGCUGUCUUAGAGAGAGACAUCAAUGAGUCGGGCAAGGUUCCCUUUUCUGUCAGCAUACCCUCAGUGGCGCUGUGGGAGUUCGCUGGUCCCUGCCAGCAGCUGCUCCACGAGAGCGCGCGCUGGUGCCAGAAAGUGGCAGGGCACACAACACGGCCAUGCCUGUUUGGUGAUAUCUGUGAUAUACUCGGGCCCUCUUGGUAUGAAAAGGACAUGCCUUACUCGCGAAGGCUACUUGCUGGAAAGGAUGCGCAAGUGGUGUCUGCUUUGCCCUGUGCUUUUCAUGGUACCGACUGCAGCAUUCACAAGCGUCCUAUCUUCGAUGUUUCCGGGCUGCCAUGCCCGGAUAUGUCUACGGCUGGAAAGAGAUUGAAGAGAGCCGGGCCAACAAAUGUUGUCUACAUUGCUCACGGGCGUUACACCACUGAGUCAAGAACCCCCCUUCUCCUCAUUGAGUGCACUGAAGACUUGGACAUGGGAGUGAUUGAAGACACGCACCCUGACCAUGACUUUUACCAGCUCUUCUCUGAACCAGGGAACGUGGGAUUCAGUGGGACGGCACGGUACCGUACCUGGGUAAUUGGAGCGCACAAGGAUGAAGCGGUUUGCUUGUACGACCCCUUUCAUCUGCAGAGGUUGCUUACAACUGCGUUUCAACGGCAUGUGAAUGCACAGGUCGCCGAUUUCCUAGUUGCAUCACCAGCUGAAAUUUUGUUGGAGGCAUCUCGACUUGCGUACCGACGCAAUAUUCCUGUGCAGGUUGGCCAGAAGGACUUGCGAUAUUUGUUGUUGCCAAGGGAGGAGGACUGCAGACGGCAACUGGACCAGAAGUAUUACGAUCGGUUCAAGGAGUUGCCAGGCCUCAACUACAACUUAGUCUAUUUUUUAGGAGACAGUGCAGAAUACUGUUCUUGGUCAGCACAUUCUUCAAAGAUACCGACCUACAGAUGCAAUUCGAAGACAGGAUUGUAUUGGCUUCCGUGCCAAAAUCGUUUUCUCACAUCGAAAGAAAGACUGGCCUCAAUGGCGUUUCCUUGUGUGCGUGAGAUUGCGGACGCAAUGAACGUCCCCCAGUUGGGGGCCACAGACGCACAACGCGCCGCAGAUUUGUGCGGGAACAGCUUCCACUUUACCACAUGUGGAAUCAUGCAGCUCAUUGCUUUGACAUGUUUUGGACCACGGCGCAGUGAGGAUGCUGACCGUGACAACAAUUGGCUGGAGCUGUCCUGA